AUGGCCGCGACCCUGGCACUGCCCGCAGCGCUGCUGGCCGCGCUCCUGGCGCUGGUCUCUCCGUCGUUCACCCCCGUUCACCAGCCGGGUUUCUGCGCCUUUUACGGCGAGUGCGGCCUCAACCCCGAGGUGAACGUGUCGCUGCUGCCCUCCAAGGUGCCCUGCCUGUCCAACAGCCGGGCCCGGGUGGCCUCGGGGCCGCUGCUGUCGCUGCUGCGCUCGGUGUGUCCCGAGCUGGUCCGCGACAAUGCCACCACGCGGGUGUGCUGCAGCUACAGCCAGCUGAGCGCGCUCCGCUUCAGCGUCGGGGUGUCGAGCACGGUCCUGGCGCGGUGUCCGGCGUGCGCCCGCAACUUCGCCAACCUCUACUGCCACAACAUCUGCAGCCCGGACCAGAGCGUGUUCACCAACGUCACCCGCGUGGCCGAGUACCCCGCGGAGCCGGGGGCCCUGGCCGUGCUGGAGUACCGCGUUUUCUACAGCCGCCGCUACGCCGAGGCCGCCUUCGCUUCGUGCCGGGGCGUGCGGCUGCCGGCCACCGGCGGCUUCGCCAUCGCCACCAUGUGCGGCCGCUACGGCGCGGAGCUGUGCACGGCGCAGCGCUGGUUGGACUUCCAGGGCGACAAGAGCAACGGGCUGGCGCCUCUGCAGAUCGAAUUCGUCCUGCUGCCCGACGGCUCCGAGCCCGGCCGGGGCAUCGUGCCGCUGGACGCGCCCGCGUGGCGCUGCGACCAAGCUCCGGGCGCCGGGCAGGAGCCGUGUUCGUGCCAGGACUGCGCCCUGGCCUGUCCGCCCGUGGUGCCGCCCGCGGAGCCGCCGCCGUUCCGCGUGGGCCGGAUCGAUGGGGUGCUGUUCAUCUGCCUCCUGCUCUUCGCCCUGCUCGCCCUGGCUUUCCUGGCGGCCGCGCUGUGCCUCCGGGGCGCGGCCGAACCGGCGCCCAAGGCGCGGGCGGGGGGCGGCUGGCAGCGAGCCCUGGAGCGGGCGUUCCGCUGCUGGGGCACCGCCGUGGCCUCGCGGCCCGGGCUGGUGCUGGCCGUGGCCGUGGCGGUGGCCGGAGGGCUCUCGGCCGGGCUGGUGACCCUGCGGCUCACCACGGACCCCGUGGAGCUGUGGUCGGCGCCGGAGAGCCGCGCUCGGCAGGAGAAGGAGUUCCACGACCGCCACUUCGGGCCCUUCCUGCGCACCAACCAGGUGAUCGUGACGGCGCCGGGGCGCCCCGGCCUCACCUACGACUCGGUGCUGUUCGGCUCCAAGAAUUUCAGCGGGGUCCUGGCCGAGGACGUGCUGCGGGCGCUGCUGGAGCUGCAGGAGACGCUGGCGGCCACCACGGCCUGGGCAGCGGGCUCGGGCAGGAACGUGAGCCUGCAGGAUGUGUGCUACGCGCCGCUGAACCCCGGGCAGCCCGGCGUGGGGGACUGCGCCGUGUCCAGCGUCACGCAGUACUUCCAGAACAACCGCAGCCGCCUGGAGCUCACCGCCCGCGAGGAGGACGGCAAGGAGCAGGGCACGGUGGACUGGCACGAUCACCUCAUCUACUGCGCCAACUCCCCGCUCUCGUUCAAGGACAUCACGGCGCUGGAGCUGAGCUGCAUGGCCGAGUACGGCGGGCCCGUGUUCCCCUACAUCACCCUGGGCGGCUACCGCGAGUCGGAGCACACGGAGGCCGAGGCGCUGAUCGUCACCUACUCGCUGAACAACUUCCCGCGGGGGGACCCGCGCCUCGAGUGGGCGCUGAGCUGGGAGCGCCGCUUCCUCCAGGUGGUGCGCGACUUCCAGCGCCAGCACGGCCACAACCUCUCGGUCACCUUCAUGGCCGAGCGCUCUCUGGAGGACGAGCUCAACCGCACGAGCGGGGAGGACAUCCUGGUGUUCGCCAUCAGUUACCUGCUGGUCUUCGUCUACAUCGCGCUGGCCCUGGGCGAGUACACGGCCUGGCGGAGGGUCCUGGUGGAGUCGAAGGUGACGCUGGCGCUCGGUGGCAUCGCCGUGGUGCUGGGGGCCGUGCUGGCCUCCAUGGGGCUGCUGUCGCUGCUGGGGCUGCCCUCGUCCCUCAUCAUCCUCGAGGUCGUGCCCUUCCUCGUGCUGGCCGUGGGCGCCGACAACAUCUUCAUCUUCGUGCAGGAGCUGCAGCAGUCGCAGCGGGAGCCGGGCGAGACGCGGGAGCAGCAGCUGGGGCGGGUGCUGGCACAGGUGGCCCCCAGCAUGCUGCUCUGCAGCCUCUCCGAGAGCGUCUGCUUCCUCCUCGGUGCCCUCUCGUCCAUGCCCGCCGUGCGGACCUUCGCCCUGACGGCCGCGCUCGCCAUCGCCUUCGAUUUCCUGCUGCAGAUGUCGGGGUUCGUGGCGCUGGUGGCGCUGGACAUGCGGCGACAGGAGGCCGGGCGCUUUGACCUCUGCUGCUGCUGCGGGACGGGCAAGGGGGGCCCGCCCGGGGAGGGGGCGCGGCUGCUGCGCCCCCUCCUCCAGCGCUACUACACCCCCACACUGCUGCACCCCAUCGUGCGGCCCGCCGUGGUGCUGCUGUUCCUGUUCCUGGCCUGCGCCGGGCUCUUCCUGCUCUUCCAGGUGUCCGUGGGGCUGGACCAGGAGCUGGCCCUGCCCGAGGUGGCCAUUGGGUACCUGUUGGGGACCAUUGUGGUGGCCACUGGGUGUCUGUUGGGGACCACCAUGAUGGCCAUUUGGUGUCCACUGAAUGUCCACCAUGGGACCUGUGACCCGAACUGCUCGUGCGAGAGGUGCCUGGGUCAGGUGCGGCGCCCCACGGUCCAGGAGUUCCAGCACUUCCUGCCCUGGUUCCUGCAGGACCGGCCCACCCUGCAGUGUGCCAAGGGUGGCCUGGGGGCCUAUGACACUGCAGUGAGCAUGGACGCCAACGGCACCAUCCUGGCGUCCCGGUUCAUGGCGUACCAGCGGCCGCUGCGAACGUCCCAGGAGUUCACCGCCGCGCUGCGCGCCGCCCGCGCCCUGGCCGAGCGCAUCACCCGCACCCUGCGCAGGGUGCCCGGCACCGACCCCGCCUUCCGCGUCUUCCCCUACACGGUGACGUACGUGUACUACGAGCAGUACCUGACGGUGGUGUACGAGGGGCUGGUGACGCUGGCGCUGUGCCUGGUGCCCACCUUCGCCGUGUCCUUCCUGCUGCUGGGCCUGGACCUGCGCUCCAGCCUGGCCACGCUGCUGACCAUCGCCAUGGUGCUGCUGGACACCGUGGGCUUCAUGGCGCUCUGGGGCGUGCCCUACAACGCCGUGGCGCUCAUCAACCUGGUGGCGGCCGUGGGCAUCUCGGUGGAGUUCGUGUCCCACAUCACCUGCGCCUUCGCCCGCAGCCGCCAGCCCACGCGGGUGGCACGAGCCGCCGAGGCCACUGUCACCAUGGGCAGCAAGGUGGUGGCGGGGGUGGCCAUGACCAACCUGCCGGGCGUGGUGGUGCUGGCGUUCGCCAAGGCGCGGCUCAUCCAGAUCUUCUUCUUCCGCCUCAACCUCAUCAUCACCCUGGUGGGGCUGGCGCACGGCCUGGUCUUCCUGCCCGUGCUGCUCAGCUACAUCGGGCCCAGGCUGCGGGUGCCGCUGCACGAGGACACGCCGGGGGACGCGGUGCAGAAAGGGCUGGGCCUUGGCAACCCCUGCUUCAAGGACACCGACACCGAGAUGGGCAAGGGUGACAAGGACAGGGGUGACAAGGACAGGGGUGGCAAGGACAAGGACAAGGACAUGGGCAAGGACAAGGGCAUGGGUGGUGGUGACACACAGGUGGUGACACACACGUGGUGA